AUGAAGGCAACUGCUGUGCUCGACAUAUUCAAGAAAAAAACGACAAGAAAGGAGCGGAGAAGAGGAAAUACCAGAACCGAGAACUCGAGAAAGGCACGCAAGGAUAAAGGAGGAAAAACGAUCGAUGAGGAAAUGGUGACUACUGUAAUGGCUCCGCCUCCACCUCCACAAGCUCCGGUUCAAACUCAUCCGAUUGUUGAGCAAUGGGUCCAAAGAGCACUGGAUUAUGGUGUCGAGAAACUUCGCGACGAAUUUCGGCAAAUGGCAAAGUACACGAGAGCUGAUAUGACCCAGAACACAUUCAACGCCAAUCAGUCAGCCAACAUCAAUGAGUCCAAAAAUCGCUACGCCGACGUUCCGUGCCAGGACCAAAACAUUGUUCAACUCAUCAAGCCACCAGCACCCAACGAUUACAUUCAUGCUAACUUUGUCGGUUGUCCGAUGGUACCGGAUAAACGUUUCAUUUGUACGCAAGGACCGUUGGACCACACUGUUGAUGACUUCUGGUGGAUGAUUGUUCAACAAAGAGUUGAACAAAUCGUCAUGUUGUGCAAGACGAUUGAGACGGGAAAGUACAAAUGUGCUCAGUAUUGGCCAUUGGCUAUGGGAGAGAAGCGAGAGAUUCGAGGUGGCAUCGUUGUGGAGAACGUUUCUGGAGCAAAGCCGAUGGAGAAGGAUGCCGAGAUUCAUGUAAGCCGAGUCUCCGUAUCUAUUGAUCUAUAUGGCCGUUUUCAGAUCACCACUCUCCACGUCUACAGUUGUGGCCAAACGAUGGUUGUCCGCCAUCUCCACUGGAGUGAAUGGCCGGAUCGUGGUGUUCCACCUUGCAAGCUGACUAGCUUGGAGCUGUUAUCAGCUGUUCGUGGUUCUAGGAUGCCCAUUGUUGUCCACUGCUCAGCUGGAAUCGGUCGCACUGGAACCAUUGUAGCCAUUGAGUACAUUUUGGAACGAAUCGCCGAAAACAAGCAAUGCCCUCCUAUGCCGGAUCUCGUGAAGAGCCUUCGUGAUCAACGUGCCUACUCGAUCCAAACCGAUCUCCAAUACCUCUACAUUCAUCGUGUCAUGCUUAACUAUUUUCUUGAAAAGUACAAGGACAAGUACUUAGGAUUGCUCACACCUGAUAACGUUGCCAAGUACGACAAGUUCAUCAAGGACUACAAUUUGGCUUCUGGACAGUAG